CAUCACACGCGAAUGGAGAAUUUUAUCGGACUGAAUUAAAUUUUACAAAUUUUUCUAAGAAAAGAUUUCCAUCAAUUGAAAGAAAAAUUUUAGAUGCAAUGAAAAUUGACUAUGAACGAGACGGAUUCAAAUGGAAUGAACAUCAACAAGGAAUGGUUCUUGGUGCUUUCUUUUGGCUUCAUUUUGUAUUGCAACUACCUGGAGGUAUUCUUGCUGCAAAGUAUGGUACGAAGCGAAUUUUUGGAUACUCAAACUUAAUUGGUUGUCUUCUCGGAUGUUUGAUUCCAAUGACAUCAUACAUUGAUUAUCAUUUAAUGAUCUGCCUGAGGAUUCUCCAAGGAAUUAUUUGUUCAGCUGCAUGGCCCAGCAUGCAUCACAUGACAGGUCAAUGGAUUCCCCCUGAAGAACGAUCAAGUUUCGUUUCAUCAUAUCUUGGAUCAUCAAUGGGAGUUGCAAUUUAUUACCCAAUCUUUGGAUGGAUUAUGAGAACUUACAGUUGGGAAUAUGUUUUCCAUUUCUCUGGUAUUGUGGGAGUCGUUUGGUUUCUUUGUUGGAAUUAUUUCGUAUAUGACACUCCUGGUGAUCAUCCACGAAUAAAUCCCAUUGAACGCAAUUACAUUCAUGAGAAACUUGGAUCUUCGUUGCAUUUACAAAAUGAUGAAGUCAAACGAAAAAUUCCAUGGAGACACAUUUUGACAUCAAAACCUUUGUGGAUCAAUACAAUUGCACAAUUUGGAGGAAUUUGGGGUUUAUUCACUAUUUUGACACAAGGGCCUUCAUACUUUCGAUUUGUUCACGGUUGGAAUUCGACUAAGGUGGGAAUAUUUUCAGGCCUUCCCCAUUUACUGCGAACAACGAUGGCACUUGUUGUGUCACAAAUUGCUGAUUAUUUAUUACGAAAUGAUAAAAUGUCAAGGAAUAAUGUGAGAAAAGUCGCCACUUCAAUCUGUUGCAUUCUUAAUGGAAUCUUCAUCAUAUGCUUAGCUUACUCUGGAUGUAAUGAUGUCCUUGCUUGUGUCUUUAUGAUUCUUGCAACAGGUUGUCACGGUGCAGUCUCAUCUGGUCCACUUGCAAGUGUCAUUGACAUAUCACCAAAUUAUGCAGGAGUUUUAUUAGGGAUAGUCAACAUGUUUUGUGUCAUUCCCGGAUUCCUUUCUCCUGUCAUUGUCAGCUAUUUGACAUUUGAGAAUCAAACUAUAGAAAGUUGGCGAAUGGUGUUUCUUAUCUCCGCUUUUAUGCUCAUAGUUAGUGGACUUAUUUAUGAUCUCUUUGGAGAUUCAUCGCGACAAGAAUGGAACAAAAUUGUGCCAAAGAAAAAUGAAAAUAUUUGUGAUGAUAAUGAAAUGUUAAAAUGCCAUGAAAUCUUACAAAUUAGGUGA